AAAAAACAUUGUUAAUGAAUCAAAACCAGUUUUAUCAAAAAAAAAAGACACUAUGAUUAUGAAGGUUCAUAGAUGAUCAACCACACCCGAUCCCAAUCCAUCACUGAAGCUCACAAAACAGUAGUCGCCCUUCACUCCUCUCUCUCCAUUUGACUCCAAUUCUCAGAUUUCUAACCAUUUUCAGUGAUCCCUUUUCACCAUCUUCCCCAAAGGGGUCGCCAACCCCUUUUUACCAUCUUCAAUCCAACUAUACAAAACCCCCAGAAAAAGCUUCAAUUUUGCAGGCAAGAUGGCGACGGAGAUGGCGAAUACCGAUCCAGAGGGAAUCGACGGAGUUCGUAUGACCUGGAACGCCUGGCCACGCACAAAAGUUGAAGCCAGCAAGUGUGUGAUUCCAAUCGCCGCCUCGAUCUCGCCGAUCCGCACUCACCCUCUCAUCCCCACCAAUCCCUACGAGCCACUCAGAUGCAAGACCUGCUCCGCCGUACUUAAUCCCUUCUGCCGCGUCGACUUCUCCGCCCUCAUCUGGAUCUGCCCAUUCUGCUUCCAGCGCAACCACUUCCCUCACCACUUCUCCGGCAUCUCCGAAACUAACGUUCCCGCUGAACUCUACCCUCAAUACACCACUAUCGAAUACGCACUUCCUGUUCAUGACGUCCACCACACGCUUCCUCCACCUGUCUACGUAUUCGUACUUGACACCUGCAUGAUCGAGGAAGAAUUAGGGUUUGCGAAAUCGGCGUUACAACAGGCGCUUGAAUUCUUACCAGAAAACGCUUUGGUCGGGUUUGUUUCUUUCGGAACUCAGGUUCAGGUUCAUGAAUUGGGAUAUUCCGAUAUGUCAAAGGUUUAUGUUUUUCGAGGAUCAAAAGAGAUGACCAAAGAUCAAGUUCUAGAGCAAUUGGGGUUAGGCGGAGGUUUCGCCGGUGGCCGAAGACCUGGUGGUGUGCCGGUGCCCGGUCAAGGGUUUCAGAAAGGACCAGUACAACCAAAUGCUGGUGUCACAAGGUUCUUACUACCUGCUUCCGAGGGUGCAUACAUUAUCCAUUCGCUUCUGGAGGAAUUAGGAACAGAUCAAUGGCCUGUUGCUCCUGGUAAUCGUUCAUUAAGGUGUACUGGAGUCGCAUUGAGUGUUGCAGCAGGUCUGCUUGGAGCUUGCUUGCCUGGAACAGGUGCUCGUAUGGUGGCACUAGUCGGAGGUCCCUGCACAGAAGGCCCUGGUUCAAUCAUAUCCAAAGAUCUCUCAGAUCCUGUUCGUUCACAUAAAGAUCUGGACAAAGAUGCAGCACCAUAUUUCAGAAAAGCAGUUCAGUUUUAUGAAGAACUUGCAAAGCAAAUGGUCAGCCAAGGUCAUGUUUUGGAUCUUUUUGCUUCUGCCCUUGACCAGGUUGGAGUUGCAGAAAUGAAGGUGAUCAUUGAAAGAACUGGUGGGCUUGUUGUUUUAGCUGAAAGUUUUGGUCAUUCAGUUUUUAAAGAUUCAUUCAAACGUGUUUUUGAGAAAGGAGAAGAGUCUCUUGGCCUUGCUCAUAAUGGCAUACUUGAUAUUACAUGUUCAAAGGAUAUCAAGAUUCAGGGGAUCAUUGGACCUUGCACAUCCUUGGAAAAGAAAGGACUUGCUGUUGCAAACACAGUGAUAGGUGAAGGGAACACCACAUCAUGGAAGUUAUGUGGACUUGAUAAAGACACUUGUUUGACUGUUUUCUUUGAUAUAUCAUCAAGUGAUAAAGAUCCUUCUGGAAAUGUAAAUCCACAGUUGUAUAUACAAACCACCACAAGAUACCAGAGUGUUGAUGGGCAACCGAAACUACGAGUUACUACACUCACUAGAAGAUGGGUAGAGAGUGCUGUUGUUUCAGAGGAAUUAAUGCAAGGUUUUGAUCAAGAGACUGCUGCUGUAGUAGUGGCUAGAUUAACUUCUUAUAAAAUGGAAAUGGAGGAAUCAUUUGAUGCAACAAGGUGGAUAGAUAGAAACCUAAUUCGCCUAUGUUCCAAAUUUGGGGACUAUAGAAAAGACGACCCCUCUUCGUUUUCUUUAAACCCUAGUUUCUCAUUGUUCCCUCAAUUCAUGUUCAAUCUUCGAAGAUCACAGUUUGUUCAGGUGUUUAAUAAUAGUCCAGAUGAAACUGCUUAUUUUCGGAUGAUGUUAAACAGAGAAAGCAUAACAAAUGCAACUGUGAUGAUUCAGCCUUCAUUGAUUUCAUAUUCAUUCAACUCACUUCCUUCUCCUGCAUUGCUUGAUGUGGCAUCAAUUUCAGCUGAUAGAAUCUUGUUGUUAGAUUCUUAUUUUAGUGUAGUUGUUUUUCAUGGCAUGACAAUUGCUCAAUGGAGAAACAAUGGCUACCAACAUCAGCCUGAACAUCAAGCAUUUGCUCAGUUGUUACAAGCGCCACAUGAUGAUGCAGAACUAAUAAUACGUGAGCGGUUUCCUGUCCCACGAUUGGUGGUGUGUGAUCAACAUGGUUCUCAGGCAAGAUUCUUAUUGGCUAAGUUGAAUCCAUCAGCAACAUAUAACAAUGAAGUGGCUACAGCUGGAAUGGAUGUCAUCUUCACUGAUGAUGUCAACCUUCAAGUCUUCUUUGAGCAUUUACAGAGGCUUGCUGUUCAAACUUCUUGAAAAUUAAGGAAUCUUCAUGUCUUCUAUUGUUAUAAAAAUGUUCAUAUGAAUCGAGUCUUAAAAGAGAAUGAUGCUUAUUUCAGGGAGAGAAGAGUAUUUGGUAAUUUUAGUUUUGACUUUUUUUUUUUUUUUUUUGGUU